UUAUACGCCCAAUUAUUUCGUGCUGUUUCCCCAAUUAAUCUAGUUUUUCACCUAGUUAUUAUUAAUACCACUCGCGUGGAAAAUUAACACAAUUAAGCAUACAUUUUAUUACAAUAAUUUUCUUGGUACUGGAAACUGUGAUGUUGUGAAUAUUAAUUAAAUACUCGCUACUGAUAUACAUGAUAAAAAAUUCGCAAUGUAGGAAGCUGGGGUAUUCACCGCAAUCGAAAAUACCCAACUAGCGCGGCAAUUAAUUUGCGUAAGUCGAUUUCCGGCGCGUCUCGAUGAAACGAAACGUAUUGGAAACCCAGCGAUGGGAGAUGGGAGUCCCAUCGGGCCAUUAUGUGAUGCGUCCCGUGCUGGGUGAUCGAUAUUAUCGCCAGAAGUGCUCCGAGUUGACGGGCGGCCCCACUACGGUUUUCCGUCAGAUUUAAAGCUUGCUGCCGCCGACCGCCGGGAUUCGGUUCUUCGGUGUUCAGUGCGAGUGGUAUGGUGUCCAAAUUUUUCUAAUUUAGUACAAGUCUGUGAUUUUUUUUAUCGUACAGUAAGUUUUUUCGUACGAGGCGGUCCAGAAUUAUGUAGAGUAAUUUAUAGAGGUGCGAGUAUGACCAGAAAUAAACAUAUUUAUCUGUGUACUCUUUUUUUUUAGAAAAAUUCAAUCUAAGGUGCACAAAGUUGCGAAAAUUAUUUUUUAUUUUUAUGAAUAUCUAGCAAUUUUGUUUUGAAAAAGUUUGAUUGAGAAAGGAAGGACUUAUUUGUUGUAUGUCCUUUUACAAUUUUGGAAGAAUCAACAUUUUUCCAAAAUCGCUAAAUUCGAAAUAACUAAAAAACACCUUCAAAAUGAACAUCACAUAAUUCUAGACUUCCUUCCAUAUUUAAAAUGAUUUUAAAUUUUAUUUAGUCGUUAAAAGGCUUUUUAAUUUUAUUGUACAAAAUCAAAUGCCUUAACCAUUUGUAUUGCCUAAAACUAGAAAAUUAUUAAAUUUUAGAAAUACUCAAAAAACACCUUUAGAAAUUACAGUACUUAUAUUUGAACUACGUUGCAUAGUCAAAAUAAUUUUGAAUUUAAUUCGCUCUCGAGAGCUUCUUAAUUUUAUUGCACAAAAGCUUCAAUUAACAAUUUGUAUUGCCAAAAAUUAUAUUAAAUAAUUAUUAUACUAUAAUACUGACCUUAUUAUUUAUAUCAUCCAAGAUUCUUUAUAUUACUAGCAAACUAAAUAACCCAUCCAAUUUUCCAAUUAUCCGUAAUUCGUAGUUCUUUUUAACACUAUUCUUGCUUUAAUAGCUUGCUUAGGACUAACAAUGGACAGUGAGUAUUAAAAUUUCAAAUCCAACAAAUUUUCGAGGAUAAAUACUUAAUGGAGGAUGAAAUACCUUACACAAAAUUUGAUUCUAUUCAUGUAUUUACAGAAAUGGAGGCUAAUCAGUUUAGGGAGUUCGGAAAGGAGAUGAUUGACUACGUCGCGAACUACCUCGAGAACAUCAGGGAAAGGAGAGUACUUCCAACUGUAGAACCGGGUUAUCUAAGACCCCUAAUUCCGGAAACAGCACCGGAAAAACCGGACAAUUGGGAAGACAUAAUGAAAGACAUAGAAAGAGUUAUCAUGCCCGGAGUGACGCACUGGCAUUCACCCAGAUUUCACGCCUAUUACCCAACAGCGAAUUCCUAUCCUGCAAUCGUUGCAGACAUACUCAGCGGUGCAAUCGCCUGCAUAGGCUUCUCAUGGAUCGCCAGUCCGGCUUGCACGGAACUGGAGGUGGUCAUGAUGGAUUGGCUGGGCAAAAUGCUCGGCUUGCCCGACGAGUUUUUGGCCUGUUCGGGCGGAAAAGGCGGAGGAGUGAUCCAAGGCACCGCCAGCGAAGCCACCUUAGUGGCCCUUCUCGGGGCUAAAGCUCGAGCCAUCGAUAGAAUCAAGAAGGAACAUCCCGACUGGAGCGACGCGGAAAUCGUCGGAAAAUUAGUCGGGUAUACGUCUAGUCAAAGUCAUUCUUCGGUUGAACGAGCCGGUUUAUUGGGAGGCGUAAAAUUGAGAUCUCUUCAACCCGACGGAACAAACAGGUUAUCCGGUGAAGUUUUGGAAAAAGCCAUUCAGGAUGAUUUGGAUGCCGGAUUAAUACCUUUUUAUGCUGUAUCGACAUUAGGAACAACAUCAUCGUGCACCUUCGACAAAUUGGAUGAAAUGGGCCCAGUUUGCAACAACAACAAUGUUUGGCUCCACGUCGACGCAGCCUAUGCAGGAUCUGCCUUCAUUUGCCCAGAAUACAGGUAUCUAAUGAAAGGAAUCCAGCGAGCGGACUCGUUCAAUUUCAACCCGCACAAAUGGAUGUUGGUGAACUUCGAUUGCUCGGCGAUGUGGCUCAAAGACCCCUCUUGGCUGGUGAACGCCUUCAACGUGGAUCCGCUGUACUUGAAGCACGAGCAGCAGGGCUCCGCUCCGGACUACCGCCACUGGCAGAUACCGCUCGGCAGGCGGUUCAGAUCGCUGAAGCUGUGGUUCGUGCUGAGGCUGUACGGCAUCGAGAACAUACAGGCGCACGUGAGGAAGCAGAUAUCGCUGGCGAAGCACUUUGAAGGCUUGUUGGGAAGCGACGAUCGAUUCGAAGUCACCGAGGAGGUCAUCAUGGGCUUGGUGUGCUUCAGAUUGAAGGCUUCCAAUGAAAUUAACGAGUCGUUGUUGAAGAGGAUCAACGGCAGAGGUGUUGUGCAUUUGGUCCCUUCCAAAAUCAGGGAUGUGUAUUUUCUCAGAUUAGCCGUGUGUUCGAGAUUAACGGAAAAAUCCGAUAUAGAGAUUUCCUGGAAGGAAAUCAAAGAAGCGGCUAAUGAUGUUUUGUCUAAAAAUGUUUAAAAUGAUCGCAAUCUGUUGCAAA